AGUUCUCAAUUAUGUCCUUUUUGAACCUCCUUGCCAUGACUGACAAACCUCGAAGAGUCUGUACGUGUGACGUUAUCGGUUAUGCGCGAACGAAAUGAUAGUAUGUGUGUAAUAAGGUGCGGAGAAAGUUCAUAGGUCAAAGUUGACAUUUUGGCGCGCUACCCAACAUUCAAGCGACGAACCAUCAUUUUGCUUCUUCGAUCUGGGUCUCUAAACGACGAUAAUUAUGGACGUAAGAAACCCUGAGCACCCCAGUGCGGUUCUCCGCGAACUCAACAGUCUGAGGAAGCAGGGAGAACUGACAGACGUGGUCCUGGAGGUGGAAGGAAGAAGUUUCCCCUGCCAUCGAGCCAUCCUGGCAUCCUGCAGUCCCUACUUCCGUGCCAUGUUGACCAGCGGCUAUGCGGAGGCCAAGCAGGACAGGAUCACCAUCCAGGAUGUGAGCGAAGUUGUCAUGGCAACCAUUCUGGACUACGCCUACACCGGCUGUCUUAAGACGAAGCCAGACCAGGUCCAGGCUGUAAUGUCUGCAGCCAGACUGAUUCAGGUGGAUUAUGUAUACCAUCAGGCAGCAGAAUACAUGAAGGCCCAUCUGGACUUGUCCAACUGUGCAGAUGUCCUGAUGUAUGCUGACAUGCUGGAGGACUUAAGCCUGGUGGAGGCCACUGAGACAUACAUAGCAUUCAGGUUCAACAAGGCAGUCCUACAACCCUCCUUUCUCCAGCUGUCUCUUCCCCGGCUCCAGUCACUGCUAGACAGGGAUGAUCUCAUUAUCCAAUCAGAAGAUGACGUUGUGCAAGCCGCUCUAAAAUGGAUCGAUUUCAACCAAGCAGAGCGCUCGCAGCACCUCCCUGUACUUUGCAAAACGCUGCGCUUUCCCUCCAUCAGCUCAACACAGCGAGAAGAAAUCGAGAGAAGGCGUCCGACAACAGACAGUAUGUUAGUCUACAGCGAAAGCACAACCCAACGGCUGGGGCAGGAGCGAAUGGAAAUGCAGAUCAUUGUAAAACGUGUACGCAAUGAGGAGAUCCAUGACCAGCCAUUUGUUGCUUGCCACGACCCUGCCACAGGCAUAUCUUAUGCCAUUGAUCUGCCAGAUGAGCUGAGACACAUCUCGAUGGCGGCAACUCCUGAUGGAGACUUGUACCUGGCAGCAGACGUUCAGACCAGAAGAUGGUGUGGUCAGAGAUCUGAGAUCAAGAAGGAGAAGAAAUUUUACCUGUACGACCAUCUGCAGUGCACCUGGGAGCCAAAAUGUGAGAUGAUUGCAAAGAGGGCCAGGUAUGAACUAGUGUCCCUGAAUGGGUACAUCUAUGCCAUCGGUGGUGAUAAGAAGAAAGGAAGGGCAGAGAGAUACGACCCCAACUGUGACGAGUGGACGUCCAUACCACCCUUCCCUCACCCCGUGUCCGAGAAAGUCUGUGCCGUUGCUCUUAAUGACAGCAUCUACGUCGUAGGAGGGGGCAGCUGCUACCGCUUCAGUACUUCAGAGAACCGAUGGGACAGGAUAGCAGACAUGGUUGGACCCACAAGUUAUCCACAUGCUGUGACGUAUCAGGGUAGCAUCUACUGUGUGAACUGGUUUUACUGGGGUUUACCGACUGUCGAGGCAUACAACCCUGCAGAUGGCGCGUGGAAGCGCAUUGGGAAUGGCACGUCUUCUGUCUUCAACAAGGUUAAACCGCCGAGAUAUGGAGGGGCUCUCAAAGCGAACCUGAUGACGCAUGGGGGGACUCUGUACCUCUUCACUGUUGCAGACAUUCAAGAUCCCCCCAGUCGCUGGGACUAUGACGAUCGUGCGACAGAUGUCCACCAGUACCAGCCGGAGACUGACUCGUGGGUGUCCGUAGAGAGCGCAAACAGUGGCAGGCUGUUUCCACCCAAGAGGAAUUGUUUGGGGUCAAAGUCUAGGACAGACUGCCUGGUGGCAAGGAUGAUCCCAAAGUGCCUGGAGAAGAACCGUUAUGAUGAGGAUAGACUGUGAGAGGCCUGUGAUGACAACUUUGAUGAAGACAAACUCAGAGUGGGAGGAAUGAUAGAGACAUCUGAGAGUCUAGGACAUUUUUUUUUACUGAAGACAUUUCUAAAACUGAUUGAGAACUUGUUUGUUUUAACUUUUAUUAGGAUCUCCAUUACUCAUUUUAU